CCGCUCUGGCCAAUAAGCGCCGCCCGAGAGCGCUCGCCGCCACCAAUCGGGAAGCGGAGGCGUGGCGAGGCCCCGCCCCUCCGCCAAGAUGGCCGCGCCCAGGGGGGCGCCCGGCGGCCACGUGGGGGCCCGGGCCGGGGCCGGGGCCGGGGCGGAGGAGCUGGAGGCCGGGGCCGGGGCGCUGGAGGCCGUGUUCCCCCGCGACCCCGCGCUCUUCGCCGACGCCUUCCCCGAGGAGAGCCGCUACCGCCUCUGCGGCCGCGACCUCCGCAUCGCCCAGCACCACGGGGCGCGGCUCGGCGUGGCGGCCCCCGUCUGGGAGGCGGCCCUGGCCCUGUGCGGGUACUUCGAGGAGCAGCGCCUCGACUUCCGGGGCAAGAGCGUUAUCGAGCUGGGCGCCGGCACCGGCAUCGUGGGCAUCGUCGCUGCGCUGCUGGGAGGGGAUGUGACCAUCACGGACCUGCCCGUGGCCUUGGAGCAGAUCCGGGAGAACGUGCAGAGGAACGUGCCAGCGACACUCGCGCCUCAGCCCCGGGUGCGCGCCCUCUCCUGGGGCCUCGACCACGGCGCCUUCCCCCGCGGCUACGACGUGGUGCUGGGCGCCGACAUCGUCUACCUGCCGGAGACCUUCCCGCUGCUGCUGCGGACGCUGCGGCACCUCUGUGGGCCCCGCUCUGUCGCCCUCCUUGCCGCCAAGAUGCGCCGGGAGCACGGUGCCGGCCUCUUCUUUGAGACGCUGCUGCCGCAGCACUUUCGCACCGAGCUGGUGCGCCGUGAUGCCGAGCAGGACAUCAACGUCUACCGGGUGACCUGCUGGCCCCGCGCUGAGCCUGGUCCCGAGUUGGGGCCUGGCCUGCCACAGCCAGCUGCUGGCCUGGGGACCGUGCCGACGGUGACUGAGGCACUGGCAGGGGACAGUGGGGUCUCGGCCAGGGCCGGGGGGGUUUAUGGGGCGUCCCGGGAGCCGCCCUGACGUGCAUUAAAGAGUCCUGGGACCCUGCAGGGCCUCGGCAGUGCCGUGCUGAA